AUGAACGAAUAUGUUGCAAGCUAUUUACUCAAGAAUAACUUUAUGCUCACUGCAUUAGAGUUUUAUCAAGAGUUAUUGGAAGAGGGUCUUGAAUUGAAAAUCCUCAGAGAUUACUUUGAAAAUAAGGAAUAUAAAAAUGUACAGGAAAGUACAAGUAGCAAUGGAGGCGGUAUGAUGAUUCAGGUCGACUCCGAACAUACCAAAGCUCUUGAAGAGCAAUUAAAAAAGAAGGAUGAAAAGAUCUCACUCAUGGAAUAUGAAAUUAAACUAUUACAGUCCGAUAUUGUUAAAUUGAAGGGACAAAUGAGAGAGGCAUUCACAUCAACUGUGAAACGAUCUCACUCUGAAAGCGAAGUGAGUGAAAACGGAGGAGAAGAAUCGACGAGAGAGGAUGGAAUAACAUCCCCACCCACAAAUCAAGAACAAAAUGGAGAAGGAUCAGCCGAGAGCAAAAUGGCAUCGGAACCUUUAACCAUACAAGAAAAACAAGUUAUUAAUUACCUCAUCAAGGAUUAUUUGACACAGCAAGGAUACAAGAUUAGUGCAAUCAGUUUCUCUGACGAGGUGCACGAGAUGGACAUGUUCAAUCUUGAUGAAAUGCUUCCCAAUCAUACCAAUGAAAAUGAUCUUCCUCUAGGAUUACACUAUUUGUACAGACAUUAUUAUAGUUCUGGAGACAAGACAAAACAAAACAUGAAAGACACAAAAGCACUUCGAGAAGCACUUUCUCAAUUGGAAGCCAAGGAUAAACUCAUUCAGAAUUUAGAGAAAUCUAUACAGCGUCAAGACAAGACGAUAGAGAAAUUGAAAGCUCAAAAUAAGGCACUCGAACAAGACAUGUCGAACAUUAAGCAAGAAAAGACAGCAGAGAGUACUUCUGCUGUUACUUCAACAGAGAGUCACCACGAGGAGACUGAGACUGAUACUCUCAAUAAUAGCACCGAUUCAAUUUCGAAUGAUGUCAUGGUUUUGCAAGCCAAAUUGAGAGAAUAUGAAAACCAAGAAUCAAGCAUUGUGCAAAUUGUUGGAGAAAAAUUGCCAACUCUUUUGGCAGCUGUUAAAUCAAACGAGAGACAAGAAUUCAUGCCCAUUCUUACAGCUACACUACAAGCACACCCUGAUGCAGAAGUGAGGGAGACUCUUUCCGAGGCGUUGUUUAAUCUCGUCAAGAAGCCAGACGAACAGGAGCGCCAAAUGAUCAUUAACGGAUGCAUUACUUUGGCAAGACGUAUUUCUCCUGACCGAUUUGAGAAAGAAGUACUUCCUCAAUGCUGGAAACAAAUGACACACAAAUACACAGAAAGAAAGAUUUUGGUUGCCGAGGCAUGUGGUGAACUUGCACAUUAUGUUAAGGCCUCUCUGAGACCAACCAUGCUCUUGUCUACUCUUGCAAAAUUAAUGGAAGACAAGACCGAUGAGGUGAGAGAAUCUGUGGUGAUCAACUUGGCCAAACUCAUCUCCACUUUCACAGAGGAAGAGGAUGUGGAAAGUAAGAGCAAGUACUUCCAAAUUGAAGAGAUGACGCUCAAAUUUUUAUACGACAAGGCAGAAACAGUGGAGUCAGCUGCCAUUAGACUUCUUGUUCCAGCACUCAUUACGUGGUGUUUCAAUUUUGACUAUUUAUUCGAAAAGUUUGCUCCAACUCUUUUGAGCAAUAUUGAAAAUUUAAUCAAAAAGAGACUUAAAAGUGGUUCCAGUGCAAGUAGUGCAAAGAUUGUCGUACUCUUAAAAUGUUUUGGUGGAGUUAUUCCAUACCUUCACAAGAUGAUGCUAAAUACCAUGCCGGCAGAUAUGAAGGGUGAGGUCAAAGAUGAACCAACUCUCAGGAAGAUCAUGGACCGAUAUAUUAAUGACAAUCCUCUCUCUGAAUUGGAGAAGACCAAAUCUGCUACAUGGAAAGGUUUAUAUUGGUUGUUGAAUGUUUGUAUUCGAAGAUUGUUGUCCAUUGCUGCUUCGGUUCAUGUGGAACAUACUAAUAUUUGCAAAGAAAUUUAUUUCCUCUUCAAUUCACUUUGUGAAACAUUCGGAGAACCAACUAUAUCUAAAGUGUUUGAGCUCAAAAUUAUCACAUUACUUGAGACAAAUUCUGAUCCAAUCGUAGACGGUACCAUUGAAGUGGUAAAGAAAGACAAGGACGUUGAUAGGUCGAGCGUCAGUCUUGUCAAGGAACGUCUGCUUCCAGUCUAUAUUUGUGGAACUCUACCAUUCAGCCCUAAAGAAAGGAUUAUGGAUGUGAUCAAGAAUCUUGUCAUUAAUGUCUCCAUUUCUGAAAGAACUUGGGACUCGUCACACAUGCCCUUCCUCUACAAUGCUCUCAUAUCUGCUGUGACGAAUGAAAAAUUGAGAGGAGAUGUUCUUUCUGUCGUUUGUAAAUUAGCAGUGAAUCCAUCCAAAGUGGUGCGAUCUGCAGUGGCUGAUAUUCUUGUUGAAUUGAUUCAACCAUUGAGCUCUGACGUAUUGUCAGCAACGGUCUUGCCUGCAUUGAUUACGCUCGCCUCAGACAUGGAAGCUGAAAUCAAAGUCAAGGCAGUAAGAGGUUUAGGCAAAUUGGCUUGCAAUUUGAAUGAAGUGGCAGAUUUCGACAAGCUAGCAACUCAAAUCGAAAGCAUUUUGGAAACCAGAGAUCGAACCAUGUUUAAAGAAAUUCUAAUCAUGUUCUCAAAGAUUAUUCCUGAGGUGGAGUCCUAUUUCCGUGACUUUUUCAUUAUUAAGAAAUUGGUUUGGCUUGGCAAGCAAAACAACCUUAAUAGUGAUCUGAGAGAUCGACGAGACACUGCCGGAUAUAUUUUAGAUAAUUACAGAGCUCUCAAUGGCUGCAUGUUAACUGAUGACAUUAUUGAUCAGAUCAUUGAAGGUCUUGACUAUCUUUCAAAGGAUUGUGAAUUAAUUACUGACUCAUCGGUAGCAUCAUUUGUCUCUCAAAUGAAGGAAGAGCUUGAACACAUUUUGGAACAGCAUGCAAAAGAAGAAAAUAAGGGUUCUACUCUAAUUUCAUUGACCUCUCUCUUUGAAAAGAUGAAACCAUCAACAAAUGAUGGUACUAAUUCAUCCAUGGGAUCAUCCUCCAUUUCCACAACCACCUCAUCGACCAUGACGAACUCUUCAACAGCUGCAACCAGUGGUGCCGGUAGUGGCGCUGUAAGUAGUGCCUCAUCUUCCACACAGCCAUCCACAACAGCAACAGGAGGCACAGGUUCAACCACCGCAACAGGUAACACUACCAAUUGGCAAGGCAUUUCUGGAGGGGCCAAGACCACUGACGAUAGCCAAAUGAAGGAAAAUCUUAAAAAGAUCUUUACUUUUGGUCUCAUGAACACCAAGAAACAAUAA